GGCAGAGGGCGAUUUUCCGCAGCGUGUUGGUCCAACCCCAAGGGCUAGCGCAGAGACGGCGCAGCGAAAAACUUUCAGCCAUGGAUAUUUCAAUGCACCUAAUUUUCUUUUGAUGCCGUUCUCUUUGCUAUGGACCGUAUCACUUUGUCGCAGUUCAUAUAAGUGAUUUAUAGGCUUGCCCCGAGAAAAUGUUACAUUUGCAGAUUCCAUUACUCAACAGCAUCUAUUUUUCCUAAACUUCAGUCCGGCUAUAGAAGAGUGGAGGAACUUCUGUUGUUUUUUCGGCACCAAGCCUACAACACGAAGGUCCUUCCUGGUUUGCUCUGUGCUCUUCGUCCUCAGGGAGUUGGUGGCCAGAGGUGCUGCAGCUGGAGCCACCCUGCACUGCUGGAGCUUCCAGGAAUGACGGGGCCAACCCAUCGCAGCCGGCCCCCUCGCAGCACCUGACCUGACUCACCUGACCCAUCAUGGAGCUCAAGGUCUGGGUCGAUGGGGUCCAGAGGGUUGUUUGUGGGGUCACAGAGGCAACCACCUGCCAGGAAGUGGUCAUCGCUCUUGCUCAAGCCAUAGGCCGAACUGGGCGCUAUACACUGGUGGAGAAAUGGCGGGACACAGAGCGCCACCUGGCCCCCCACGAGAGCCCAGUGGCAUCCCUCAACACCUGGGGCCAGUAUGCCGGUGACGUCCAGCUGAUCCUGCACCGCACAGGCCCCUCCCUGACCGAACGGCCCCCAUCCGAGGGUCCCUUGCUCCGGGGUCCGGAACGCGGCCCACACCGGCAGAGCCUCCCCCCGCUCGCCAAGCUCCGCCAUCCCAGUGAGCACGCCCUCCAUCGCCGCGAGCCGCGCCGCAAGUCCCUCACCUUCACCGGCGGGCCCCGGGGCCUCCGGGACAUCCUGAGUGGAGGCCGGGUGGGGGAGGCGAGGGAGUUCGAGGCCAAACGACGUCUCCUAUUCCAGGGGAACGGUGGUAACCAGAACCACCACCAUCAUGCAGCAGCGGCAGCCACAGCGGUAGCUCCAGGAGGAGCAGUGUCCCCCGGCAUGUGGGCCUGCCGCAUGGAGGACCUGGUCAGACUGGUGGGGCUCCAGAGAGAGACUCUGGCCGUGCUGGAGAAGAGGCUGGAGGCCUACGAGGCUGAACUGCAGACCUGGGGGGGACGAAGGGGAGAGGAGGCUAGAGGAGCAGGGGGGCUGAUGGAGGAGAUAGUGAGGCUGGAGAGACGACUGAGGAAGAACGAGGUGGAGAUGGAGGAGGAGGAGUUCUGGGCCAGCGAGCUGCAGAUUGAGCUGGAGAGUGAGAGGCAGCUGGAGGACAGGCUUGAGGAGCUGAGAGGGCGUCUUCAGUGUGCUCAGGUCGAGCUGGGGGACAGGAUGGCUCUGGUACAGGGUGUAGAGGCCGGUCUGGAGGAGGAGCGUCUGCAGAGGGAGAGACAGGAGACUCAAAGGGUGAGCGAGGUGGAGGCCAAGGCGCAGGUACUCAGAGCCCGCACGGAGCUCAAGGCCCAGGACAGACAGUCUGUCCAGCUGGAGAGCAGCUGCAGAGCCGUGGACAGGUCCCUCGGCCUGAGUGGCAAGAGACUGCAGGACAUGCAGCAUGAGCUGGAGCAGCUGACCAAGGAGCUGAGACAGGUCAACCUGCAGCAGUUUAUCCAGCAGACUGGCACCAAGGUCACCGUACUGCCAGCCGAGCCCAGUGAGGAAGAAGAGGAGACAACCCACACCGGACAGGGCACAGACUUGGUUCCUCUGUCUGGUUCCCUGAAGCGUCCCGUCUCCUUUCACCCGAUGCCUGGUCACCUUCGGGUCCUGCACAGUCCGCUGACAUCUGGCCUAAACCCAGAAGGGAUCUACGUGUAAGAGAAAAGAGGGCACACUUGGGGUGGCUUUGUUCCUCUGCUAGAUGGACACCUGAAAACACCCUAAAGGCAACCUGGUUCCACUAAGACCUGAUCCCAGAUCUGUGUGUGCUUUAGCCAACUCCUCAACACCCAGUCACUCCUAGUCAAAUAAGUUGGCUAAAUACAGAUCUAGGACCAGUGCUAAAGGAUUCCCUGUGAUGUGACAUCCAAGUACAGGUUACCUCAGUAGCACUCUCCAGUCCAUUCUCUGUUCUGUUACCUACAUAUCAUGGAGAACAGGAACACUUAAAGAGAUCAUAUUGUUAUAGGCCGUUGUGUACAAGCACUCCAAGUCUCCGACAUGGGCCAACAUAUGACGAUGAUAGCUCCAAUGAUGAAGGAAAAACUAUUGGUAACAUAUCUGACUGCAGGGCGCUUGAAUGGACAGACAGAGAUAGUUGAAAUAGACAAUAUAGCAACAGACAUGAGCACCGUGUGUCAUCGCCCGAAUGGUUUUCUGUCUAUUUAAACUGUGGAACUAAAAGUGAUGCGUCAUUAUCAUCAUCAGCGUCAUCGUAGUUCUCCCUUGAAAAGUGUAUCCCUUGAAGGUGUAUGCAAUUACUUUAUUUUCAUUUUAAUAAAUAAAGAAGUUUUUAAACGUUAAUAUUUUAUCCAUUAUAUCAACAUACAGUAAAGAGGUUCGAUACUAUUUUUUAUGAAUGUUUUCAUUUUGGAAAAUAUCGCUCCAAACUGAAAAACUUGCUGUUGAAAUCUGUGAACUAUACACUACCAGUCCAAAGUUUGGACACACCUACUCAUUCAAGGGCUUUUCUUUAUUUGGACUAUUUUCUACAUUGUAAAAUAAUAGUGAUGCUAUGAAAUAACACACAUGGAAUCAUGUAGUUACCAAAAAAGUGUGAAACAAAUCAAAAAUACAUUUUAUAUUUGAUAUUCUUCCAAGUUGCCACCCUUUCCCUUAAUGACAGCUUUGCACACUCUUGGCAUUCUCUCAACCAGCUUCACCUGGAAUGCUUUUCCAACAGUCUUGAAGGAGUUCCCACAUAUGCCGAGCACUUUUUGGCUGCUUUUCCUUCACUCUGCGGUCCAACUCAUCCCAAACCAUCUCAAAUGGGUUGAUGUCGGGUGAUUGUGGAGGCCAGAUCAUCUGAUGCAGCACUCCAUCACUCUCCUUCUUUGUAAUAUAGUCCUUACUCAGCCUGGAGGUGUGUUGGGUCAUUGUCCUGUUGAAAAACAAAUGAUUGUCCCACUAAGCACAAACCAGAUGGGAUGGCGUAUCGCUGCAGAAUGCUGUGGUAGCCAUGCUGGUUAAGUGUGCCUUGAAUUCUAAAUAAAUCACUGACAGUGUCACUGCACCAUCACACCUUCACGGUGGGAACUACACAUGCAGAGAUCAUCAAGUAAGCCUAUUCUUCUUAUUGGUGUCUUUUAGUAGUGGUUUCUGCCAUGAAGGCCUGAUUCAUGCAGUCUCCUAUGAACAGUUGAUGUUGAGAUGUGUCUGUAACUUGAACUUGGUGAAGCAUUUAUUUUGGCUUCAAUUUCUGAGGCUGGUAACUCUAAUGAAUUUGUCCUCUGCAGCAGAGGUAACUCUGGCGGUCCUCAUUAGAGACAGUUUCAUCAUAGCGCUUAGUGGUUUUUGCGACUGCACUUGAAGAAACUUUCAAAGUUCUUGAAGUUUUCCGGAUUGACCUACCUUUAUGUCUUAAAGUAAUAAUGGACUUUCAUUUCUCUUUGCUUAUUUGAGCUGUUCUUGCCAUAAUAUGGAAUUGUUCUUUUACCAAAUAGGGCUAUCUUCUGUAUACCAUCCCUACUUUGUCACAAUACAACUGAUUGGCUCAAAGGCAUUCAGAAGGAAAGAAAUUCCACAAAUGAGCUUUUAACAAGGCACACCUGUUGUGUGAAAUGCAUUCCAGGUGACUACCUCAUGCAGCUGGUUGAGAGAAUGCCAGAGUGUGAAAAGCUGUCAUCGAGGCAAAGGGUGGCUACUUUGAAGAAUCUCAAAUAUAAAAUGUAUUUUGAUUUGUUUAACACUUUUUUGGUUACUACAUGAUUCCAUAUCUGUUAUUUCAUAGUAUUGACGUCUUCACUAUUAUUCUACAAUGUAGAAAAUAGUACAAAUACAGAAAAAUCCUUGAAUGAGUAGGUGUGUCCAAACUUUGGACUGAUACUGUAAAUUUGAAGAGUUUAGUGAUUCUGUGGUCAAUAAUUGUAUUUUAUCCAGUGUAUUAAUUGAUGUAUGGACUGCGUUGAGUCCUGGAUGAGAUGUCUAUACAGUGGCCCUAUGGGGCAAAGUAACUUUUAAAGGAUGUCUGUUUCUUGAGUCCUGGAUGAGAUGUCUAUACAGUGGCCCUAUGGGGCAAAGUAACUUUUAAAGGAUGUCUGUUUCUGAAGCAUUUAUGCUCACAUCAACCAACAGGCAGACUGUUUCUGCUCUGCUCUGUUCUGAUUCUCAUUAUACACUAUGCACAGUUAUACAACCAAUGGUUCAAGGCUUUGUUCCUGAAGAACGGGUAGAUGGUAGCCUAUGAACUGUCCAAAAGUGCUGAUAUGUCACUUAUUGUUACGAUAUGUGAAAUGUCAACGGAUAUAAUCACUUCUUGAAAUAGUAGAAUACUGUAGAUAGUAUGAAGUUCGGUCACCAUUCACAUUUAUUUCCAAUUGCUGAGGAAGAAGCAGAACUGUGUAUGUACACUUAUGCAGUAUUGUUAAUGUAACAGUAUCAAAUGAACCGACCGCAUUAGUUUUCUCCUUUAUCUUGUGUUGAAAAUAUGUAUUACUUUGCCAAAAUGUUUAAUCUUAUUCAUCUGUAAAGAAAUGGGACCAAAGAUUAGAGGUCUUAUUGCAUGUGUUUGUUUUUCCAAGUAGCCAUAUCUGAAUACUUAUUCAAACCUAAGGGCUCCAUUUCAUCGACAGGGCUGAAGACCUGUGCUACAGGGCGAUAGCAAUUUUAGAAGCAAUGUUCCUGCAUUCGCGGGGAUUGCCUUCAUGGUAAACGCUGCAUAUGUCGUCUCAAUGGGAAAUUACCUUUACAUUUCAAUCAUGCUACAGCGCAGAUCUUCAGCGCUAUGGAUUAAAUCAAGCCCUAAGUAACACUAAAACAACUUCUGUUAGAUCCUAAGAGGGAGUGGUUUGGCUCAAUUGACAGAUAUGGAAAACUAGACUUGUCCCAGGGCCUGUAUUCAUAAAGUGUCUUAAAGUACAAGUGCUGAUCUAAGAUCGGUUUUUAUCUUUUAUAGCAAAAUUAAUAUGAUUAUGUGGACAGAGGGGACCUGAUCCUAGAUCAGCACCCAUACUCUGAGAAGCUUUGUGGAUAAUGACCAAGAUCCGUUUUUCAUGUCUUGCCAAUUCCUUGGCGUGACAAUGACCAGAGGAGUUGCCAAAGCAGCACAAACUGAUCUGGAACCAGGCUAAUGUAACACUAUAGCACUGACUAAAACCUGAUAAAACGAGUUGAUCAAAUGGACACAUUUUAAUGUGAUGUAUGCAACAGUUGCCCUCAUUGUACCGAACACCUCUUAUUGGUUUUUAUAAACUAAUGGUUCUGUGCUACUCAGCUUUUAAUAAGUUCUUCACAAGUGCCUUAUACUCAUACUUAUUUCUGCAUAUACUGUAUACGACUAAUGUCAAGCUUUACCAGGGAUUAUUCCAACAAUGACCCUGCUCUGUUCUAGGCUGGUCUCAGAUGUGUGUGUAGUCUUGCCAAUUCCUAUACUCAUUGUUAGGCCAGUGACCAAUAGGAGUUGGCAAUACAGCACAAACAUCUAGGACCAGGCUAGCUCUGUUCAUUGUGCGGGUAAGAUGUUUAUUGGAAAAAUAGGUAGUUAAGAAACCACUUGUAUGUUUCCAUAGGUUGUUUCGGUCAGUGUUUAACAUUUGUGUCCUGUGCUCUCCCAUGUUAAGAAAUCAACUGUACAUACAUGUUUUAUUUUUCUGCCUUAAUUCACAGCAAAUUGUUCAGAGAUGUAUGGCUACUGGCUGCUGAUAUGACAUGGAUUGCAUUAUUAUAAUAAAACAAUGUGACAAACUUUUUGUCAGCUUU